AUGACAGCUCCAAAAUCUGCUUUCACUUCAACAGGAGGAUUAGAGAUUAUGCAAGCAGUCCUCACAACCACGGUUCGAGCGGUCAGCGCUACACCUGUAUGUGGACAGAUACUGGUUAUGGCGAACCCCUGGUUCCCUCCACACAAUGCUUCCGUCCUGUCUCCUCAGCAAUUAACCUCUGGUGCCAGCCUCCUUCCUGACCCCCCUGUUCCACCUGACCCCCCUGAUCCAACUAACCCUUUAUCCCUUGCUCGUUUUCCCCCUCUCAACUCUCUUUCUCCUAAAUCCCUCCGGACUCCUUCGCAAACUGCCAAACCUUCUCGGCCUGCUUUGAAGUCUUCCAUUCCUUUAACUGCUACUGGUGUUGCUUCUGCUGGAUCAGUCUCUGAUUCCACUGUGUUCUCCGGCUCCAAAAUUUCCAGAUCUGGAAACACUGUUUCAAAUACCUUUGAAAACUUUAAGAUCCUUCCUCCCAAAAAUUCCUCUCCAAUCCAAACUAAUAGGGCUCUUAGUUCUAGUCCUAUAAACCCUCUAAUCAAAAACACCAUUCCUUCUCCAAACUUCUCCCCUAUUCCUCCAACUAGGAUAAACCCUACUCUUGGUUCUGAGCAAAACCUUCCUUCUGCAAUUUUGCCGAACCCUACUGUUAAAAACCCCACUGCCCAAACCCCUAUAAUCAAAAAUCCCAUCUCUGUUCAAAACCCAAACCCUAACCCUCUCUCUUUUGCCUCCUCCUCUUUUAAACCUCACCCUUUAUCCAUCUCUUCCUCCUCUUUUGUUAACCCCUUCUCUAACUCGUUCUCUGCUUUGGUUCCUGAUGGUUCUCUUCACCAUGAAGAGACCAUAGACUAA